AUGGCUACCCCUAGUGUCCUAGCUUUUGACGCUGAGGGUCGCGCCAUUGAUUUUGAGGUCUGGCUAGACGACCUGCAGCUGUUCUUACAGUGCGACAGAGCUGACGACCUUUCUCUCUUUGACCUCACCUCUGGCGCCUCUCCUGCUCCUGCUGCUGAUGCUGAUCCCACUGUCCGCUCCCAGUGGGCCACCCGCGAUGCUGCUGCACGUCUUGCUGUGCGUCGCCACCUCCCUACCUCUGAGCGUGCGCACUUUAGUCAGUACAAGAGUGCUCAGACCUUGUACGACGCUGUAGUUGCGCGCUACUCCUCCCCUGCCACUGCUGCACUGAGCCGUCUCAUGCUUCCCUACCUCUUUCCUGACCUCUCUGCCUUUCCGACUGUUGCUGACCUCAUUACGCACCUCCGCACUAGUGACACUCGCUACCGCGCCGCCCUUCCUGCUGAGUUCUGUGCUAAGAACCCCCCCCCCAUGUACAUCACUCUCUACUACGUAGUCGCGCGCCUCCCUGACUCCCUUCGUGUAGUCAGGGACCACUUUCUCGCAGUCUGUCCCACCACUCUCACCGUCGAACUCCUCGAGAAGGCCCUCCUCUCAGCUGAGAAGAGCAUAGUUGCUGUAGGGGCUUCUCGUGGUGACCCUCGCACCCCCAUCUUUGAGGGUCGGUCGGCGCGGCGUCUGCCCCUAGUGGGAGACGUCGGUCUAGCAAGGGCAAGGGGGGCAAGGGAGCGGGGGGAGCUGGAGGGAGCGGUGGAGGUGGCGGCGGUGGCGGCGGCGGGAGUGGGGGGUGGCGGCGGGAGUAGUGGUGGUGGUGGUGGUGGUGGCAGCAGCGGCGGAGACGGUGGUGGUGGUGGCAGCGGUGGUGGAGGUGGCAGCGGAGGAGGCGGAGGUGGUGGAGGGAGCGGAGCUGGUCGGGGUGGUACCCAGCAGCGUAGCGGCGGUGGUGGUGGCCAGCGCUCGCAGCGGCAGCAGCAGCAGCGCUCGCGGGACAUCCCUCCGCCCCAGCAGCUUCGUGAGUGGUACGCUGGGCGUCAGAGGGGUGGGGGUACUGGUCCCUGCACCUACGUUCUUCGUUCCGGCGACCGCGCGGCUCCUUCGGGCGGGUGUAGCGAUUUUGAUCUUGAUUAUGAUGCUAUCCUUGCUGCUAUGUAUGCUGUGACUUAUAGUGAGGAGAAUGAGGGUUACCGGUGUUUCCAGCCCGACCCGGGCAUUGGUACUGCUGCGCUAGGUGCUUGUGAGGCUGCUGCUCUAGGUGCCAGUGCGUCUGCGCUCUCAGGUACUGGUGAGACUGCUCUUUCAGGUACUGAGUCGCCCUCGUCCUCCCUCACUUUCACACUUGACUCCGGAGCUUCUCGCUCCUUCUUUCGAGACCGCACUACCCUUACGCCUCUUGGCCGGCCAGUUGCGGUCUCCCUUGCUGACCCUUCUGGGGGUCCUGUCCUGUCUCACUUCUCCACUGUCCUCCCGUGUCCAGCUGCCCCUUUGAGCGCCCUGUCUGGUCUGUACCUUCCCUCGUUCUCUACGAACUUGGUAGCUGCGUCAGAUCAGGUGCUUGCUGCUGCGUCCCGGUCAGGUCCUGAGUCUGCCCCCUGUUCUUGUCGCCUCCUGUCUCACGAGACUCUCCUAUGGCACCACCGUCUUGGCCACCCCUCCUUGCCCCGUCUUCGGAGCAUGGCCUCCCGUGUCCUUGUCUCUGGUCUUCCCCGGUCUCUCCCUCCUCUCCCCUCCGGGCCAGGACCUUCCUGUGUCCUCUGUGUCGAGGGUCGCCUCCGGGCUACUCCUCACUCCUCCCACUUCCCCCCGACGGAGGCUCCCCUGCAGACGCUUCACAUGGAUGUGUGGGGCCCGGCCCCCGUCCGUGGGCAGGGUUACGAGCGCUACUUCCUGUUGGUGGUUGACGACUACUCGCGUUACACCACCGUCCUCCCCUUGCGCAGCAAGGGUGCGGUCACUGAGACCUUCACGCUUCCGGAUUCUCCGCAGCAAAAUGGGAUUGCUGAGCGCCGCAUUGGCAUGGUCAUGGAUGUCGCUCGUACGUCCAUGAUGCAUGCGGCUUCCCCCCAUUUUCUAUGGCCGUUUGCGGUCAGGUACGCGGCGCAUCAGCUCAACCUUCACCCCCGGGUCUCUAGGCCUGCGAUGUCCCCAGCCUUGCUGUGGACGGGGAAGGUUGGCGAUGCGUCUGCGUUCCGUGUCUGGGGAUCUCGGGCGUUUGUCCGCGACUUGUCUGCGGACAAGCUGUCCCCCCGUGCUGCUCCCUGUGUCUUCCUUGGCUUCCCCACUGACGCCCCAGGGUGGCAGUUUUACCACCCCUCCUCUCGUCGUGUUCUGUCCUCCCAGGACGUCACGUUCGACGAGUCAGUCCCCUUCUACCGUCUCUUCCCCUACCGCACUCCUUCCCUCCCCCCUCCCCCGGACUUCCUUGUGCCGGUUCCCCCCCCGGUAGACCCCCUUCCUCCUCAGGUUCCUGCCCCCUCAGGUGUGUCCCAGGUAGACGCCGUUGACCCGGUCGAGGUUACUGGUGACUCUGGUGCUGCUGCCGAUGCUGAGCCUGGGGGUGCUGACUCUGGGGGUGCUGUGCGCGGGGGUGCUGAGCCUGAGUGUGCUGGGCCUGGGGGUGCUACUUGCGGAGGGUGCGGAGCCUGGGGGUGCUGA